AACUCGGAGAGCUCACGAAUCGAUAGAGAGACCGAACCUCAUCUCAUCUUCACUCUUCUCCGUUAUCUUCUCCUUCUUCCUCCUCCAGCGACAAUGGCGUUAUCGGUUUCAAACCUCGCCUCCUCACUCUCCUCGCUCUCCUUCUCCUCCCAGGUCUCUCACGGACCAACCACCCUCUCCCUCCCCAGGUCGAACUAUUUGUUCUCACUUCCGGCGAAAUCACCUCGUCGCGCCUCUCUCUCAAUCACCGCCACGGUAGCUGCUCCCGCGGAGGUAUCGGAGGAGGAUGACACGAUGGAGCUGAAGAAGUACGUGAAAUCUCGGCUUCCGGGAGGCUUCGCAGCUCAGAAAAUCAUAGGCACGGGACGGCGCAAGUGCGCCAUCGCUCGUGUCGUUCUCCAAGAAGGCACCGGCAAAGUUAUUAUAAACUAUCGCGACGCCAAGGAGUACCUUCAGGGGAACCCGUUGUGGCUUCAGUACGUUAAAGUGCCGUUAGUGACAUUGGGUUAUGAGAACAGCUACGACGUGUUUGUGAAAGCCCAUGGAGGUGGUUUAUCUGGUCAAGCUCAAGCGAUUACUCUUGGAGUUGCUCGUGCGCUUCUCAAGGUGAGUGCUGACCAUAGAUCGCCUUUGAAGAAGGAAGGUUUGCUCACUAGAGACGCGAGAGUUGUUGAAAGGAAGAAGGUCGGGCUCAAGAAGGCGCGUAAAGCACCACAAUUCUCCAAGCGUUAAGAGAGCGCUUUGUUGUUGUUAUUGUUUGUUGUUGUUGGAUAUCAACUCUUCUAAGUACACUCCUUUUGCCUCUAAUUAUGUUUUUAAGUUUGUGUAGAUGAACCAAUCUCUGUGUUGUUGAUUGAAUAGAAUGCUUAUGAUUGUGACUCA